AUGGCCGGUGCUGCUGGCGUUGCCGUUGACUUGGCCGUGUCCGCCAGUGCCGCCGCUGCUCAAACCACCGUUUCCGCCGUUCCCGGCGCGCUUCCCAAAUUCCAGAUGCCUACCAAUCACGGUGAGGAUGAUGCUGAGGAGUGGCUGCAAAUUCCAUGGGAGGAUAGAGUCAAGUGGGUGCAGCAGUGGUUAUUAUGUAUUGCUCAGGACUGGAAUACAUCAUUUAGGACUAUGAAUCAUCCAUUUGCUUGGGAUGAUUUCUGCAAGGGUUUUGUUUGUCACUUCGGCGUCCAAGAAAUUGAUUCGACGGACAUCAAUUCGCCCGAGCGAGACUGGAAUUAUAUCUACAACAAGAUCCUGAAGGUGUUGGACGACAUCCUAGAACUCGAGGUAAAUUCAGUGGUUCAAGAACGAGGUAAAGUCAUUCUUCAAAAUGUUGAUGACUCGUUGAUUCCUGAUGAUGAAGAGGAUGUGGUUGAGGAAGAUUUUGCUGUUUUAAACAAUAAUCUUGAGGAAUCUGAUGAUGAAUUGAGUUUUGAUUUAAUAGAACUUGCAUGUUGUUUUGAUUAUUCAGUUGGAAUUACAAAUGGUGUAGUCAGUGAUCUUAAGGAAGGAUAUGAUGCUAGUUUUAGUGAUGGAAUUCGACUGAACUUCUUCUGUAUUGACCCUGGUGAAUUGGUUAGCCCUUCUAGAUUUAAGAGUUCAAUUGCUUGGGACAAAUGUUGGCAGUGUGUGGAUAAAUCUGAAUUUGAGAAGUGGUUAUUCCUUAUAGAUUUUGGUGGAGUAGAAUAA